CCAGGCGCACGAGAAACCGGGCGCAAGCUGCGCUCUGUCCCCUGGCACGGCCCGCGGGCAGGAGGGGCGCGAUGCUGGCUGUGUCGCUCAAGUGGCGGCUGGGCGUGGUGAGGCGGCGUCCCAAAGACGAUGGGCCCUACUCCAAAGGAGGCAAGGAUGCAGGGGCCGAAGGGGCCCUGGUGUGCCGCAGGCAGAGCAUCCCAGAGGAGUUCCGAGGGGUCACCGUGGUGGAGCUGGUCAAGAAAGAAGGCAGCACGCUGGGACUGACCGUCUCGGGGGGCACUGACAAGGAUGGGAAGCCCAGGGUCUCCAACCUGAGGCCUGGGGGGCUUGCAGCCAGGAGUGAUCUGCUGAAUGUUGGCGACUACAUUCGGUCUGUGAAUGGGAUCCACCUGACCCGGCUCCGCCACGAUGAGAUCAUCACUCUGCUCAAGAAUGUGGGCGAGCACGUGGUGCUGGAGGUGGAGUAUGAGCUGCCCCCACCCGCCCCUGAGAACAACCCGAGGAUCAUUUCAAAGACAGUGGAUGUCUCCCUGUACAAGGAGGGCAAUAGCUUUGGCUUUGUCCUCAGAGGAGGGGCCCAUGAAGAUGGGCACAAGUCCCGCCCACUUGUCUUGACCUACGUGAGGCCAGGUGGCCCUGCUGACAGGGAGGGCUCCUUGAAGGUGGGCGACAGGCUGCUCAGCGUUGAUGGGAUCCCACUGCACGGGGCCAGCCAUGCCACUGCUCUGGCCACCUUGCGGCAGUGCAGCCACGAGGCACUCUUCCAGGUGGAAUAUGACGUGGCCACCCCUGACACAGUGACCAAUGCUUCGGGACCCUUGAUAGUGGAAAUAGUCAAGACGCCGGGGUCUGCCCUGGGGAUCUCGCUCACCACCGCCUCCCACCGGAAUAAGCCGCUCAUCACCAUUGACCGCAUCAAGCCAGCCAGCGUGGUGGACAGGAGCGGGGCCCUGCACUCUGGAGACCACAUUCUGUCCAUCAAUGGCACCAGCAUGGAACACUGCUCCCUGCUCGAGGCCACCAAACUUCUGUCCAGCGUGUCAGAGAAAGUGCAACUGGAGAUCCUGCCUAUCCCCCAAAGUCAGCGGCCUCUGAAGCCCUCAGAGGCAGUGAAAGUGCAGAGGAGUGAACAGCCACACCGCUGGGACCCCUGUGUGCCCUCCUGCCACAGCCCCCGGCCCGGCCACUGCAGGACGCCCAGCUGGGCCAUGCCUGCUGGCCAGGACCAAAGCCGAUCCUUGUCUUCAACUCCCUUCUCCUCACCGACCAUGAACCAUGCCUUUUCCUGCACCAACCCCAGCACUCUUUCCCGUGGAUCCCAGCCUAUGAGUCCCCGCACUACGAUGGGGAGGAGGAGGCAGCGAAGGAGGGAACACAAGAGCUCAUUGUCAUUGGCCUCCAGCACGGUGGGGCCAGGCGGGCAGAUUGUGCACUCGGAGACCACUGAAGUCGUGCUCUGCGGAGAUCCUCUCAGCGGCUUUGGCCUCCAGCUCCAGGGUGGCAUCUUUGCCACCGAGACCCUGUCCUCCCCACCCCUGGUGCGUUGCAUCGAGCCCGACAGCCCGGCUGAGAGGUGUGGGCUGCUGCAGGUGGGGGACCGUGUUCUGUCCAUCAAUGGCAUUGCCACUGAAGAUGGGACCAUGGAGGAAGCCAACCAGUUACUGCGAGAUGCUGCGCUGGCCCAUAAGGUCGUGCUGGAGGUCGAGUUCGAUGUGGCGGAGUCCGUGAUCCCAAGCAGCGGCACCUUCCACGUGAAGUUGCCCAAGAGGCGUGGUGUGGAGCUGGGCAUCACCAUCAGCUCAGCCAGCAGGAGGCGAGGGGAGCCCCUCAUCAUCUCUGACAUCAAGAAAGGCAGUGUGGCACACAGGACAGGCACCCUUGAGCCAGGUGACAAGCUGCUGGCCAUUGACAAUAUCCGCCUGGACAACUGCCCCAUGGAGGAUGCCGUGCAGAUCUUGCGGCAGUGUGAGGACCUGGUAAAGCUGAAGAUCCGGAAGGACGAGGACAACUCCGAUGAGCUGGAGACCACAGGUGCUGUCAGCUACACCGUGGAGCUGAAGCGAUACGGAGGUCCCCUGGGCAUCACCAUCUCUGGCACAGAGGAACCUUUCGACCCCAUUGUCAUCUCAGGCCUCACCAAGCAUGGUCUAGCUGAGAGGACCGGUGCCAUCCAUGUGGGGGACCGCAUCCUGGCCAUCAACAGUGUUAGCCUCAAGGGCCGGCCGCUGAGCGAGGCCAUCCACCUCCUGCAGGUGGCUGGAGAGACUGUCACACUGAAGAUCAAGAAGCAGCUAGACCGCCCUUUCCCACCACCCAAGUCGGGCAGCCUCAGUGAGGCCAGUGACGCAGAUGACGACCCACCGGAGGCCCUCAAAGGAGGCCUUCUGGCAGCCCGGUUCUCGCCUGCUGUGCCCAGUGUGGACAGUGCUGUGGAGUCCUGGGAUAGCUCAGCCAUGGAGGGUGGCUUUGGGGGCCCAGGUUCCUACACUCCCCAGGUGACAGCCCGGAGCAUGACCCCCCAGGAGUGGCGGCCCAGCCGGCUAAGGAGCAGCCCCCCACCCACUGAGCCCCGGAGGACAAACUAUACCCCAGCUCCUGCUGAUGAGAGCUUCCCAGAGGAAGAGGAGGAGGAGGAGGAAGAUUGGGAACCACCAGUGAGCCCAGCCCCUGGCCCUGCCCGAGAGGAGGGCUUCUGGCGUGUGUUCGGUGAAGCCCUCGAAGACCUGGAGUCAUGUGGUCAGUCAGAGCUGCUGAGGGAACUGGAGAGGGCUGUGUCCCCACAGGCCUCCAUCAUGACGGGCACUGUGCAGAGUGUGACUCUCGAGGGCAGGUCCGGCCACCAGCCCCGGUGCAGGGGCCAGGAGAUACAAGCUUCCCCAGAAGAGAUACAGGAGCUGCUGCUGCCAACACCCUUGGAGAUACACAAGGUGACCCUGCACAGGGACCCCAUGCGGAAUGACUUUGGUUUCAGCGUGUCAGACGGCCUCCUGGAGAAGGGCGUCUAUGUCCACACUGUGCGCCCUGAUGGCCCAGCCCAGCAUGGGGGCCUCCGACCCUUUGACAGGGUCCUUCAGGUCAACCGCAUUUGCACACGGGACUUCGACUGCUAUCUGGCAGUGCCGCUCCUGGCUGAGGCAGGCAACGUCCUGGAGCUGGUCAUCAGCCGUAACCCGCUGGCACAGGGCAGCCGAGCCCCCCGAGUGCCAGGUCCCAGCAGCCCCCGGAUGCUCUGAAGUCAGCCCCUGGACUGCAAAGGGGCCACACAGGCAAAUCCUGGCUCCCCACGGUGGCUGGGCUGGGGAAGUGGCCACUCACAUGUCCAUCUGUGGUCUGGCAGGCUCUGAGCCAGGGAUGAGACUUGGUUCUGGUCCCUGAUUCUAUGGUGACUGGAGUUCCAGGCAGUGAGGUCCCUGCCCCAGUUGAAGUGACAUAGGUCUUUCCCCAACUUGGGUCUCCAAGAUGCCCAGAGGAUCCCACCUGAGAGGGGUUGGGACAGAUUGCUCAGCCCCGAGAGGAGAGGGCAGGGGAUGCCUCAGCUCCCUGCAGGGCUUCUUGGAGAGGUUCUAGGUGUGGGGAAUACCUGCUCAGUGUCAUGAGCCCUUUCUCCUGAUGUAGCCAGGGAUGUGGAGUGAGCUGCCUGGGAGGAGCGAGUUCCCUGUCACAGGAGGUAAGCAACCAGGAGCUGUAUAUCCCCAGUGCAGUCAAGAGCUGAGAUGUGUGAGGCGUCGCUGUGGUACAGACAUACUGGCUCAGGUAGUUAGCUUUCUCCCAGGGGAGCCACUCCAUCUAGAGACCUGUCACCGUGAAGGAUACUGUCUGGGUGGGAGCCCAGCUCCUUCCCUUCUCCAGAACUCUGGUAUUUGGGGUUUGCCAGUUGAGACCCUAUAAUUCUAAGUGUCUCAUCUCUACUUAAGAGACUGUGAGCUCGGGUGCCCUUUGAUCCUGAAAGUGGGUGAUUUUGUCAUCCCAGUAUCUUGGUCCAAUACUUCUGUGAUUUGAGAUAUGGCUCCAGGCCCACUUGGCAGGCUCAGCGUCAGGCCUUGGGCUGUCAGCCCCUCCUGCUUCUUUUAUGGGACAUGUGGCUGCUGAUCUGGCCACACUGUCUUCUCUCAGCCCAAUCAUGUGUGGAAGGGAGUCAUUUGGGGACAAAAGACCCAGGAGCUUCCAUUCACCUGUCAUUCCAAUGAAGAUUGGAAAACCAUGGAAAUAGGAUAUGCAAGAUGAUACAGCUCCUUUCCAAUAUCUGAAUCAGUGGAGGAGGAGGAGGAGGAGGAGGAGGAGAGAACAGAGCAGAGAGAGAAAACAGGCAGAAGAUGUCAUGUUCUUUCUCAGACCCGAUGGAGACAAUGCCCAGAGUGGUCAUUCAAGGAAGUUUAUUCCCGCUUGAAAUCUGGAAGCACCAGCAUCCCUUAAAACCAUUUCCCUCAAUUUCCACAAACCAGAAACUCUUUUCAUUUGAAGAAGGGCCCAGACCUCCACCUGAGGUCUGGAGUGCAGCCCCUGAGAUGGAGGUUGGUAGGUGGGGUUUAGCCAGAUCUGGGGAUUGCCUUUGCCCUGACCCAGCUAUUAAAGGGGUCUCAGGAAAGUAAGGGAUACCACCUUCACCACUGGGGCCCCUAAAGGUUAGAAAAUCUCUCUUCAAGGGACCAGAGAGAGAGAGCGAAGAGGCCUGUUCUUUCCAAACGUGAGUCUAUUACUUGUUUGAUGUGUGACCAUCUCUGGGUCAGACCCCUCUUGGUAUGGUCAAAGGUGGACAGUCUCUGAGCAGAUACAGGCCGCCUGGUCAGGGCCAGAACCAUCUCCCCCUUCCCCUGAGGGCCUGCCUCCACUCCCCGAGUUGUGCCCCUUGGUGAGCACAACUCCUGAGAGCCAUUAAUGCCUAUGGCUGGGCUGUCCAUUGCCUCUGUUGUCUUGGAUUCCUGUGCAAACCUCUGUCCCCUGGUGACAGAGUGCUGUCCACCUGUCCCAGGGUCAUCAAGCAAAAGCCAAGAGCCCAUAGCUUAGCAGAGAUGGGCAUGCCACAGCUGUGUGACCUUAGGCAGGUGGCUCCGCCUCUCUGGACAGGACACAUUCUCAGGGGUUCUUGGUGUGGGAAAAGCUGCAUUGACUCCAGGCAAGGGAAGAUGCUCCCUGACUCUGACCCACACGCCUCCUUUCUCGGGCUGAGGCCUCUGCCAUUUUCCCAGACGUAUGCAAUCAGGCCCAGUGGACCCCCCCAGCCACGCCGGCCUUCUCAUAUGCAAUAUUUCUUCUGGCUUCUCAUGGGGGUGGUUCCUCCCAGACUUGACAUUCCCUGAAACCCCUACCCGGUGAGCGUUCUGCCUGCCUAUGCAUUUUGGGUACAGCCCCUCCCCCAAGACAUGUCCCCCGUAUACCCUCCAAAGCUGUAUUUUUCUCUGGCUGAGAUUAGAGCAUAUUCCUUGUAAAGUAUUUUUCUACAUGAGGUUUUCUUAGGGCUCUCCAGAAGCACAGCACGCCAAAGGGCUGUACCCAAAGGCACAAAGGCCAUUUGGGGCCCAUGUGUAAAUCUUUGUCCCAUCAGAGGUUGCAGUGACUUGGGGGAGGGGUGCUAUUGGGAUGAUUUUUUAA